AUGCCUCUGAGGAAUCCAGACCUCAACUGGAAAUCACUAGACAAAAUUGAAAAGCAGCACUGGAAAGACUGCAUGAAAAAUUUGGCUGCUACCAGGGAUGAACAAGUCAAAUUUGGAUUGAUAAGGAUAUUGCAAAAAAAAACAAUAGCAGGUCAGAUCCAUCUUCCGGUUUCUUCUCGAUUUUUGUGCCAGCCCGGGAAAAUUUUAAUGGUUGCUCCAAUUUAA